AUGGAGUACUGUGGCAAUCCCAUGGAGUACUGUGGCAAUCCCAUGGAGUACUGUGGCAAUCCCAUGGAGUACUGUGGUAAUCCCAUGGAGUACUGUGGCCAUCCCAUGGAGUACUGUGGCAAUCCCAUGGAGUACUGUGGCAAUCCCAUGGAGUACUGUGGCAAUCCCAUGGAGUACUGUGGCAAUCCCAUGGAGUACUGUUGUAAUCCCAUGGAGUACUGUGGCAAUUCCAUGGAGAACUGUGGCAAUCCCAUGGAGUACUGUGGCAAUCCCAUGGAGUACUGUGGCAAUCCCAUGGAGUACCGUGGUAAUCCCAUUGAGUACUGUGGCAAUCCCAUGGAGUACUGUUGUAAUCCCAUGGAGUACUGUGGUAAUCCCAUGGAGUACUGUGGUAAUCUCAUGGAGUACUGUGAUUCAAAUAAAUUGUUGCCGUAUUUCAAGUUCUUAGUAGCAGAUUUUAAUGAUUCCUUGGUAUCAUCUGCAUCUUUACCAUGUCUUGCCAUUCUAUCUGACCACUAUCCUGACAUGUUUUGUGAAUUCAUCGAUAAGCUGAGUAUGAUAGUUGAGAGACAGCCAUAUCAUGUCCAUUAUGUUGAUAAAAUAUUCACAAAUGUAGCAAAUCUCAAUGAGAAAGAAGCUCGGAGAAUACUCACAAAUUGUUUGGUUCAAUUCAAAGCGGUGGAUGAGAGUUAUUAUCCUGCUGUAUUCACAUGUAUCAAAGAAAUUGGUGUCAAGUAUCCUAAGGUCCUAACCAACUACAGUAGUGCAAUACAAGCAUUAGGAUCCACCAAUGGAACUCAAAACUAUGUACAAUGUCUGUUAAAUUUCUUGGAUGGAACAAGUUCAGAACCUGAUUUUUACAAAAUCAAAGAGAGGAGUCAGCCAAACUCUGCUGUUUCCAGGAUAAAACAUCAAAGUCCUGAAACACGGCAGAGUCAUGAAGUGAAUAACAAACCAAUAAUCAUAAAGAAAACUGUCCCAGUAAAUCCUCAAAAAGUACAAUCAAAAGUCAAUAAACCAGAAAAAACAAAUAAGGGUGUGACAACAGCUCCUGAAUGGUGCAAUAAAUUAAGCAGUCUGCUGAAUAAACCUAGUGACAGUGACUGGCGGUUUCUUGCUGUGUAUCUGGGCUAUGCCAGUGAUAACAUAAAACUAUUGUCAGAGAUGGAUAAUCCCAGUUUGUGCCUAUUUAAUGAUUGGUACACAUCACAUAAAGGAAGGGAAGCAACAUAUGCAGUAUACAAAGCAUUACAGGUUAUAGGUAGAAAUGAUUGCAUGCAGACAAUAGACAGCUCUAUUCCACCAAAAGAUCCACUCAUUCCUGAAAACGAGAAGCUCAUAGAUAUUUGCAUCAGUUACCAUACAGACGACCAAGUUGAUGCGAAUGUCUUGAAGUUUCAUCUAGAAUUGGCAGGCUUUCAAUGUUGGAUGUUUACAGGAACAACUUUACAUCUUGAUACAUUGUAUCAUGUAGUAGAUGAAGCAAUGAGAUCAGCUGAUGUUGUCCUGUGCAUGUGUAGCAGAGUAUAUGUCAAUUCUAGGACAUGUUGUAAACAGGCCAAUUUAGCUCAGCAACUCAACAAGCCCAUCAUUCCUGUCAUCAUUGGUCCGUUGUCAUGGCCACCACCAGGACCAAUGUCUGCCAUCUACUGUCAGUUUCCCUGUGUGCAAUUAUAUGAGUUCAGUGCCAACAACCAAAGUGGAAGAAAAUACUGGCCACACUCAAAUUUUGUGGACUUAUUAGCAAAGAUUUGUUAUCACACUUCUCCAAAUGUGGAUAAAAUAACAAAAGAAGAGUAUAGAAACUGGAUACACAAUAUAGAAAGCUUUCCAGAAAAUAGUGAAAAAACUAGUAAUGCUGAUGUGUUUAUAUCAUAUGAGUGGAGCCAAAUAGAAGAAGCCAUGGUGUUAUACUCAGUACUUAUUAAAUUUGGUUUUACAUGUUGGUUAGAUGUUCUUAAUCUUGGUGCUAAACCUAUCAUCAAUAAAGUGGAUAGAGUUAUCAGAGUUGCCAAGGUGAUGAUAUGCCUUCUUACACCGCAGUAUGCACAAUCUACCAAUUGCUGCCGAGAAGUGACACUUGCCACCGUACUGAAAUUACCCAUCAUACCUUUGGUGAUGGAGAAGAUGUUCUGGCCACCUAGGGGGCCUGCUUCUACGACAUUUACACAGUUACCUUACAUAGACUUUACACUGGAAGAAAGUGAGCUGUUUUAUAGAGGGAAGAAGCUACAGGAACUUUACAAUCAUUUAAAAGAAAUUGUUCCGUCCAAAGUCGUUGAGAGAUGUCACGAGUUUUUAUUUACAUCAGAGACAGAAUUUUGUGAUUUUUCAUCAGGUGAGGUAUUAGAUGAUUUUGAGAGCACAGAUGACAUUGCAGAAUGUGGGUCUGCCAAUGAAGAAGAUAUUGGUGAAUCAGGUGUUAAUAAUGUAGCAAUUGGUAUUGUGAAUGAUAGUGUAGGUGGAAAAAGAACUGAAACAAACAAUCAUGAUGUUCAAAUAGAUUUAAAAAAUGGGACAAAUCAAGAUGAAAGAAUGUUGACAGUUAGUGAUGAAAACAUGGUGCAAAAUAAAAGUGUGAUGAAACAGUCACAAGAAGAAAAUAAUUUGAAGGAAAGAAAAGUGUCAAAUGGUUUGAAUUAUAUGAAUAAUGAAAACACUAAUCAUUAUACAAGUGAUACCCCACAGAUUCUGACUUUGGAAAUCACCAACAAAGAAGAAAUUACAAAGCCAGUUUUACAUCAAGAGCUUGUUGAAACUGAUAUAUCAGAAAUACCUUUGAAGGAUAUGGAUGAUGGCAAAAAAUCAGCUGUUUGUGUAUUACUUUAA